AUGAAUUUGGUGAAGGGGCUGAAGGACAUUUCGCCGGAGCAGAAGAGGCUCGCGGUUGCCGCGGCGGCGGCGGCGGUGGCGUCGUCUGCGGUCACGACGGCGGCGGUGUGGCUGCUGUCGAGGCGGAAGGCGGCGCCGCUGGCGGAGUCCGCGCCCGACGCGAGCGCGGCGAGGACCGGCGCGAGAGGCGGCAGCGUGGGCGGGGAGGACCCGCGGGAAAGUAGCGAAAUCUAUGAGACUGAGUCGAGCGCUCGGCAGUACAUGGAGUUCCACUACACCCCCACGCGCACCAGCUACGCGCAGCGGCUGCGCACGAUUAGUGGAAGCUUUGACUUCCCAAUUAGGGUGGCGCAGAAGUUCAAGGAGUUCCGCCCGGAGACGGAGAACGAGCACACGCGUGCGUUGGAAAUUGGCUGCGCCACGGGUGCCUCUGUGCUGGAGCUGAGCAAAUACUUCAGCAGCGUGAUUGGGGUUGACUACUCGGAGACCUUCAUUCAUUUUGCAAACGAGAUCUUGCGGGAGGCUGCGACGCAGCGCGGCGCCCGGAUACCGUACACGGCAGUGGACCAGGGCGACAUCGAGGUGAGCCGUAACGUGCGUGUGCCGCUCGGGGCAUCCCCGGGGCGCUGCCAGUUCUUUCGCGGGGAUGCGAUGGACCUGCUGGAGAAGAGCGGCCGCGGUGCGGAGGCGGCGAGGCGGCCGCCCAGCCGCUACGCCGAUGUGGCAUGGUAUCAGGUGCCCGCGGGGGAGCUCUUCGACGGGGUUCUCGCGGCCAACCUCCUCUGCCGCGUGCCGGACCCGCGCAAGCUGCUGGACACCUUCCCGCAGCUGCUUCGCAAGGGCGGCAUCCUCGUGCUCGCCUCGCCGUACUCGUGGUGGGAAGGGGCGACGCCGAAGAGCAAGUGGAUCGGCGGGUUGCCCGGCGGGCCGCGGUCGGAGGAUGCCGUGAAGGCGAUCCUCAUGAAGGACUUUGACCUCCUCAACGAGACGGAGGAGGCGUUUUUGAUUCGCGACCACGUCCGGCGUUAUCAAUUGGGGUUCUCACACUGCACAGUGUGGCGGCGCCGCUGA